UCUAGCUGUCAUCGCCACACUACUUUUUAACGCAGAAAAAAAAAGUUGUCUUAUGUCAACGCAAACAAAACUAUGUCAAAUUUGUUGUAAAUUUCGUGUAACAAAACAUACAAAAUCAGACCAAAUUUAAUGUGCAAAAACCCAUGUGCCCCUUUUAUUUUCAUUUUAAGUGAACCUGCUUCAUGAUGGCUGAAAAGUCUUCUGAUGUGCAGGCAAGUGAGCCCAGUACUCCACAAGUGGAACAGCCAUCUGGGAACUGGUGGGACUCUUGGAUCACUUCGGCAAAGACCAAGUCAGCAGAGGUCUACUCUAUGGUCAAAAAGGACCUGGACGAGAUCGGGUCCGCAGUGAAGAGCGAAGCUAGCCACGUUUUCAGCACAACCUCCACGGCCCUCGGGAAGACACUCAAGCUGGAUGAACCAGAGUCGCCAGCAAAUGUGAUGAAGAAAAGCCUCAGCACUUUUAUCGGUCAAGUGAGCACAGUUCUCAACCCUGAACCAGAUGACGAAGACGAUACGGAGGUCAUCUUGUCUUCUGGAGACACCACUAUGCUGUCUACAUACAAGAAAGAGCUAGAAGCCCUCCAACGCGUAGACGCGACAUAUCUCGUGCCCGCUUCGAGCCCCGAGCUGGACGCGUGGCGUGCCUCCCUCGAGCUGGGCGCGGAGCUGGUCUCGCCCGGCUCGGCCGCCAAGCGCCUCGCCGCCUCCCCGCUGCUGCGCGCGAUGUAUGACAAGCUUGUGCCUGAUGCCGUCUCUCAUGAGGACUUUUGGGAGAGGUACCUGUUCCGUGUAGCGUUACUGCAGGACCGCUUGGCGGCCGCCGCGCGCCGCCUGCCCGCGACAGACACCGACCCCGUAUUGGCACAUUUACCCCGACAACAGACCGAGCCUAUACAACAGAGCCCUAAAAAAGUACUAUCCGGUGUUGAAACCGAGGUAGAAGAUGAACCAAGCGAGCAAAGCGAGCCAACCGAGCCAUUGGUACUAACCGACACUGUGGCUUGGGAGGAUGAAGACUUCGCGAAUGACGUGGAACUGACCGAAGAACAACAAACCCUACUUCUAGAAGAAUACGAGAAGGAAAUAUCCAGCAAGAAGACGAAACAAACGUCAUCCCGCGACUUGGCCAACAACAACAUCAAAAACAACAAGAAAAACACUGGCAACACUAAACAACAAAAUAAAAAUGGCGUCAAAAAAGGUAAAUCUGACGUUUGUGGAAACGAUUUAGUCGAAGAUUAUUUUGGGGAAAAGGAAGUAAAAGAUGAUGCUAGCGCCAAUUCAGAUGAGAGUUGGGAGAAAUUUGACAUUGAUGAAGAGAAAGCUUAAAUCCGGCCAUAUAUUAGAAUAAAUGUCUUAUGAGAGCUUUGGAUGCCUUGAAAGGUAUAGUUGUGUCAACGCUGGCUGCACGCGAAUACGUAGUGCGCUCUCUUUCACACCUGCCUGCGGCGGGCUGCGCCCUGUCUCUUUUUUUAUUGCUACGCGUGCAGCGAGUGUUUAACGCAACUAUACAUGGUUUUACAUAAGUUUCAAAUGUAUUUGAAGACAUGCCCCUGAAAUAGCUUUGACAAAACACCACAAUCUUGUUUAUUAUAUGGAACGAAUUUCUUAACCCCUUUUCAGGCCGCACCAAUCUACAAGGUUUUCCUAAAAAACCUAAAUAUAUUCCAAUUAAUCUAGCUUUGAUGAUUCAUUUGAAGAUUUCUCAUUUCCUGAAAUUGCAAACUAAUUUGAACCUUAAAUCGGAGUGCAAAAUUUGAAAUUCUAGUGACGAGUAUGUGGUCGAUAAAUCGUAUGCCUGGAUUAAGGGGUAAAACGGAUUUCGCGUUUAUACUGCCUCACUACUCAAAACUUGUAAUGAAUUGUGCGAAAAUUCGGUAAAGUCCCCGGUAAAGUAACUUUGCAGCGAAAAGUGAGGGAUUGUCAUUAUAACCAGUUAUCGGCGACCGGUAGCGGUAGCAUUUAAUGUCACUUUAACGUCAAACGUAAUGACUAAUAUGGAUAAGUCUGUUGGUUGAAAUAAAACCAUAUAAGUGUUGUUAAAAACACGCUGAAUUUAAUUUAUUAUAGUAAAUUAUCAUAUUUUAUUAUGAUAUUGUCAAUCGAUUCCUUUUAACGUUGAGAAUCCAGGAUUCAAAUUGUCCGCGAAAUUUAAAUAGAAUCAUAUCCACGUAAUGCUUUCAUCGAAAAAUUGCUACCGUUCGCCGAUCACUGGCUGCAACCGUCAUAUAAUCAUAGAAGUAUGAAAUAAAUUAUGACAUUGCCAUACUUCGUCUUCGAUAGGAACUUACCUGUUAUGUGCGGUGGCGGUCCUGAAGCAAGGAUUCGUUGCCAUUAAGACGAAAUUGCAGGACCCGCGCGAAAUCACCUUUACAUACAAACGUAGUCCUCAUUACCUCUCUGGAUUAACAUUAUUGAAAAUAUUUUGACACAAUUUGUUGUAUAUCAACCACAGCCAUCCCCUACGUUUGAUAUUUUCAAAUUUUUGAUUAUUAUAAGAGAGAUUUAAAUAUUUAUAUGAAAUCUGUUUUUCGCUCCUAAUUUUUACAAAAAUCAAUAAAUCGAUAAAAGUCACGUAGGGGCAUAGCUAUGGUGAAUAUACAUCAAAUUAUGCAAAAAUAUUUUCCAAAAUGACAAUAUUCAGAGAGGAAAAUGAGGACUACGUUUGAAUGGAGAAGCGGCCGUCCCCUUUCCUCUCAACGGAUCAUUUACACGGUGCUAGAACUCGCAUGCGAGUUUCAUUACAUUGCGGUAUUUUAUCGGUCGUCCGAAUUGGUUGUAACCUCAAUAGUCCGCAAUGUAGUGUUGUGUUCCUGCCGGUAAGUAAGGUUCCCAGAGCUCAACGAGGGUGCGGAGUGUUAGGGUCGGCAAUGGUCAUGUAACUCCUCUGGAGUUGCAGGCGUACAUAGGCUACGGAGACUUACCAUCAGGGCCGUAUGCUUGUUAGCCACCGACGAAAUAUUAAAAAAAAAUACUAAAAUCGCAUGCGAGUUUGCAUGCCGUCUAAACCAGCCUUAAAGCCCUCUUUCCCUGUUGCAUUUAUUUCUGCACUUAUAGUUUCAUCGCAUCAUGAGUUAUAAGAUUGAAUUAAAUUUCUUGGUUGAGUUGGUAGCUAGUUCUUUCUAACACGUAGUUAGCUACAUAAGUGUAAGAGAGACGAGUAUAGCAACCGUGAAGCUUUAGACGCCAUUUUUAUUUUACGUUUUUCAUAUGACAAUGUGCCCCAAGAUAUAGGUGAUAGGCAUCAUUCAAGUGAGUAUGUCACUAAAUUUGGCUCUUUAUCCAUAUUUAGCAAACUUUAAUUUUGUCUAUUUCUAACAUAGACAGAUGUCAAAAUGACGAUUAUCCAUGAUAGAUUUGACAGAAAUUUGUAAUUAUUUUAAGAUUAAACUUUAUCCGAAUAUAGUAUCCAUAGACAUUGUGAGAAUCAUCAACACCUUGGAUGGAGUCAUAACACGAAAAAUUUAUUGAUUUAAGAUUGAACGUAUACUUUUGUAUCAGCUAAACACUGUCAUGAAUGUAAUGCAAAUGGGUCAAACACAAAACUAUGUUCACAUCUUUCGUGUGGACAUACCCAAAAGUUGAGGGCUAUAGAGGGAAAGAGAAUUUGAAAUAGAGGUAAAUUGUCAAAGAAAAUUUUGUAGCCACAGUAUCUUUACUGCCAUCUUUCGACUCAUGAUUAAAACUUUUAGAACGCCAUUUGACUUUGAUCCUUAUUCUUUCACUGAUAUGUGUUAAAUUUGUUAAAUAUCAAAAAAUGGCGCCAUCUUACUGGUAAUCGGCUAAAGGGCCUUUGGGCUUUGAUAGCGCCACUUUUUGAAAUUUCAUAAAUUUAAUACAUAUCAGUGAAAGAAUAAGGAUCAAAGUCAAAUGGCGUUCUAAAAGUUUUAAUCAUGUGUCGAAAGACGGCAGUAAAAUUACUGUCGCUCAGUGGCGGAUCGUUCAAAUAACUCGAUUCCCACCGGCUUGUCUAAUUUCAGCCCGUUGAGUACUCUGACGAUCGGUUCAUGGUGAAAAGUAAAGCAAAAUUAGCUCCGGGUCCCCUACGAAUAUUUGUGACACGCCGCCACUGCUGUCGCUACAGUUUUCUUUGACAAUCCACCCCUAUUGCAAAUUCUCUUUGAUAGAUGUUAACACUUGCAGUGCAGUGCAGUACAAAAUGAACACACAUACGCGUUGUUGGCAGUGAAUGUGUUAAUUUUCUUACACGCGUUAACAGCUUGUGGGCGUGUAGGUAAUGAUUUUAUCGUACUUAUCGGAAUAAAAGGAGUACCUUUUCAUGUGAAUAAGGGUUAAAUAAGAAAAUUAACCUUUAUAGCCCUUAACUUUUGGGUGUGUCUACAGGAAAGACGUGAACAUAGUUUUGUGUUUGACCCAAAUAUGCAAAGCAAAUUUCUCAGUAAUUCUAUAAAUUAUCAUUAAAAUCUGUGUCCAAUACUAUAACUAAGUAAUGUAGGACGAUCGCCAUCAAUAUCUGAUCGGCCAAGGUGUUCACAAAUAUCUGAACUAAAGAAAAAGUGAUCAAUCGUUCCAAUGGCGGGUUCAAAUCGGCCUAUUCAGCUUACGCGCUAUGGACUUAGGCUACCCGGCCACGUCGGCACCCGUAUAUCAAGGGCCUGUUUCAUAAUGCCCAAGUAAAGUCCUGAAUAAGCUACUUGCCACUUAUCUGACGAAUAAAGUCAUCGUUAUCGUUUCACAAUCUUCAAAUAAGCUUAACUGGUUGAUAUAGUGCUAAGUUUUGCAUGAUUUUCUAUCUGGCAGUUAAUUUAUUUGUUAAUUAGCUAUCAAAUACUUUAGUUGGAUAUUGUUUUUUACGACCGGUUUGGCUUAGUGGGUAGUAACCCUGCCUACGAAGCUGAUGGUCCCGGGUUCAAAUCCUGGUAAGGGCAUUUAUUCGUGUGAUGAGCAUGGAUAUUUGUUCCUGAGUCAUGGGUCCUUUCUAUGUAUUUAAGUAUUUAUAAAUAUUUAUAUAUUAUAUAUAUCGUUGUCUAAGUACCCUCAAUACAAGCCUUAUUGAGCUUACUGUGGGACUUAGUCAAUUUGUGUAAUAAUGUCCUAUAAUAUUUAUUUAUUUAUUUAUUUAUUUAUUUAUUUAUUUAUUUAUUUAUUUAUUUAUUUAUUUAUUUAUUUAUUUAUUGUGAAACAGGCCCUUAAUAUAAUAAUUUGUUACCUAAGUUGUAAAUAUGAAGGGUGCUCAGAUGUUUUUGAGCAUAUUGACUGCGUCGGUAUAUAUGGCGGCAACAUUGACAUGUAAAAGUGUGAUAACCGAGAAACGUGUCCUCUGGCCGCCCCCUGUAAACAAAUUUCUAUCCAGGGGGUCAGUUACCUUUGCAGCUGGUGUAGUUUUGACAUCAAAACGAUAUUUUAAUGAUGUUAUAUGGUUAUCAAUCGCGCGUGUAUAUUGCUCGUACUUGUCCGUACAUGUAUUCGCGCUAGCGAGACGCACGGGCGAAUUAGAACAAAGUGGCAUCAUUUCGAUAUCAUUUUAAUAUGUAAAUGUAAGUUUGAAUGACCUCCUUUCCAAAACAGAUGCAAUUUUGAUCUGUUAAAGAUUCAAAAUACAAUGGAACGAGUGUCCUUUUUAUAGGGCUCUGGGCCGCUAGAGGAUAGAAAUAAUUAUAAAUAAUGAUAUAGAUAAUAGUAGUCUAAUAGUGGUAUUCAGCUUUUCUAUUCGUUCGGUAAGGCAAAGAUUCAUUGAUAUUAUAAGACGUGUAAAGUUUCAAGACAAAUUCGUGCUUAUCGUCAUCUAUUUAAGCUGUCGAACUUUUUAAAAGUUUACACAUCUUAUAUAGUCAAUAUAUCUUUGGUUAAGGUCUUAGCUAGAAGUCACAAUAUAGAAUACAUAAUGUAUUUUCGCAGACAAUACCUAUUUUAAGUUUUUUGGCACCAUUAAAUUUCUGUGCAAUAAUUUGGUUUGAAAUAUGUUUAAUUUAAAUUGUUUAAUACAUAGAUGUAAUCAACCGAUUGUAUGAGUUGGCAUUAGAUUUCGUUAUGUUUGUGUAAAUUAUGAUUAUUAAUAUGAAUUAAAGUUAUUAAAAAUCGUA